AAGGUGGUUGAGUGUUUGUAGCUACGUGGUCGGUUCGUUACGGGUCCUGAGUGUUUAUGGUUUCCGUGUGCCGUGGCAGCGCCUUCCAGUCGUUUCAGUGAGAGUUUCCGGAGGACCCAGGCCAGGUGGCGUGGACGGUGCCGUGUGCUUGCCCUCGCUGGCGGGCCCCGCUGCCCCUCGCUGCCCCUCGCAGCCCUCGCUGGCGGGCCUCCCCUUGUCCAGACCCUGCUCUCUAACUAGGAAGAAACAAGCUUUUUUAUUUUUACUUUUUUGGAGGAGAACUGAACAACUCAGGCAAAUGUCUGUUUUCCCUAAAAUAUCUCUGCGACCCGAGGUUGAAAAUUACCUUAAAGAGUGCUUUGUGAAUAAAGAGGUUCUAUCUACUUCAGAUAAGCAAGAAGCUGAAAGGAAGUUUGAAAUGCUUUUGUAUCGCUUAUCACACCCUCCAUCAUUCACAACGGUUAGAGUGAACACACAUUUAGCCUCAGUACAACAUGUGAAAAAUCUGCUGCUUGAUGAACUUCAGAAGCAAUUUAAUGGAUUAAUACUUCCUGUCUUGCAACACCCAGAACUUCAAGAUAUCUUACUUAUUCCUGUUAUUGGACCUAGGAAGAAUAUAAAAAAGCAUCAGUGUGAAGUCGUCGUUGGAGCACAGUGUGGCAGUGCAGUGUUAAGAGGAGCACACAUCUAUGUUCCAGGAAUUGUGUCAGCUUCAAAAUUUAUGAAAGCUGGAGAUGUUGUUUCGGUAUACUCUGACAUUAAAGGAAAAUGUAAAAAAGGAGCCAAAGAAUUUGACGGAACAAAAUUAUUUCUUGGAAAUGGGGUUUCAGAACUAAGUCGCAAAGAUAUUUUCAAUGGGCUGCCUGAACUGAAGGGAAUAGGGAUAAGAAUGACAGAACCAUUGUAUCUCAGCCCUUCGUUUGACAAUGUGCUGUCCAGUUACUUAUUUUUACAGAACUUACCAUCUGCUGUAGUAGCUCACGUGCUGGAUCCUAAACCUGGAGAGAAGAUUCUAGACUUGUGUGCAGCACCUGGAGGCAAAACAACACACAUUGCAGCACUAAUGCAUGAUCAGGGAGAAGUAAUAGCACUGGAUAAAAUAUCCAACAAAGUAGAAAAAAUAAGACAGAAUGCUUUUUUGUUGGGACUUAAUUCUAUCAAGGCAUUUUGCUUUGAUGGAACAAAGGCACUUAAAGUUGAUAGGAUCCAGAAUAUAGAAGGAGAACCUCCAUUCUCGCCAGAAUCUUUUGAUCGAAUUCUUCUUGAUGCACCCUGUAGUGGAAUGGGGCAGAGACCAAACAUGGCUUGUACUUGGACAUUGAAAGAAGUAACAUCGUAUCAGCCAUUACAGAGGAAACUCUUUACAGUGGCAGUUGAGCUGCUGAAGCCAGGGGGUGUGCUGGUGUAUAGCACAUGCACGAUAACGCUGGCAGAGAAUGAAGAGCAGGUUGCCUGGGCCCUCAAGACAUUUCCUUCUCUCCAGCUUCAGCCCCAGGAACCGCAAAUUGGAGGAGCAGGAAUGGUGGGCGCUGGCCUGUCAUUGGCACAGUUGAAACAGCUGCAGCGAUUCGAUCCAUCUGUUGUGCCAUUCCAGGACACUGACAUUCAUUCCCUUAGAGAUGCCAGAAUGGAAGACAGGAUUUGGCUGGCCAAUAAGGAUUGUAUAGGCUUUUUUAUUGCCAAGUUUGUAAAAUGUAAAAGCACAUAGGAGAGGGAUCCUCAAAAUCAAAAUGCCAAGCAUUUGCUGUUUUCUUCUUCUUCUUCUUCUUCUACCCCAAGUGUUGAGCCAGUCCAGUGCUGACAUGGUUGCUAAGGAAACAGAAAAGGCUGCCAGUGGUUUCACAGGGAAGAAGAGACAGAAACAAGGGCUAAUGUGAGCGUACAUUUUGUGUUCUUAAGAGAAAUAUCUGAUUCUGGGUUACAAACAGUAUAAUGAAAAGAUGUGUGUACAUGUCUGGAACAUAUUUUCAUUUGGGAUCUUGUAUUUUAAAUUAACAAUUAUAAUUUUUAAUAUUAAGAGCUUCCAAAAGGAGUGACAUUAAAAUAUUUAAUGUUUUAU